UGGCUAUGCAGAGGCUGUGACGUUGCACGAAGCCUCUCUCUCACUCCUUUCCUGCUGCAUCACAACAGGCGCUAGUAGCUCGGGUAGCACCCUGGCGUUUUUGCAUUGACCGAGGGACAGGGGAAUUACAUAGCUAACUGGCAUAAUCAUAUCUCUAAGCAUAACACUAGCUAUCACCACCACAACAGGAGUAAUCUUACGGAAACCACUUACACUGAGAUAAAUCCCAUUGCUUGGAACGGUUGGGACAUGGCCAGGCAAGAUCAGGUUCUGCUUUUGGAGCCACAGCACGAACUGAAAUUCCGAGGCCCCUUCUCGGACGUGGUCAACACCACCCUAAAGCUCUCCAACCCCACAGACCGGAAUGUGUGCUUCAAAGUCAAGACAACUGCCCCGCGCCGAUACUGCGUCCGGCCAAACAGUGGAGUCAUCGACGCCGGCACCUCAAUCAAUGUCUCCGUGAUGCUGCAGCCCUUCGACUACGACCCCAAUGAGAAAAGCAAACACAAGUUUAUGGUGCAGUCCAUGCUGGCUCCCCCUGAGAUGACCGACAUGGAGGGAGUGUGGAAGGAGGCAAAGCCGGAGGAGCUGAUGGACUCCAAGCUGAGGUGUGUUUUUGAGCUGCCGGCGGAGAAUGAUAAAACGCACCACGACGUGGAUUCCAACAAAAUAAUGUCAUCCAACCUGCUCAAGUCAGAGUCCUCUACGCUGUCCAUGAAGUCAAUGAGCUCCACCCUGGAUGACAACGAGGUCAAGAAGGUCAUGGAAGAGUGUAAGAGGUUGCAGACGGAGGCCCAGCGACUACGGGAGGAAAACAAACAGAUCCGGGAAGACGAUGGCAUGCGGAUGAGGAAGAGCAACGUGAUGUCCUCGCAGCACUCCGCCCACUCCUCUCACUCUGUGGUGAAGGAUGAGGGGCUGAGCAUUCGCACGAUGGCCCUCAUCGUCCUAUUCUUCGUGGUCGGGGUCAUAAUCGGCAAGUUGGUCUUGUAAGAGCGAACCGCUAGCAAGCACCGUGUGAGACAUGGCCAACCGCAUGCUUUCUGGGGGAUUGAAACACAACGGAUUUUGGAUUCUUUUGGGGUUCAGAAAUGCCAUAUCAGUGGGGUAGUUUUGAAAUUGUUCAUUUAUGUUCAAAUAAAAAAGGGAGAUAAAAAAAAUAAAUCCAUGUUAUGAACAAACCAACGAGAGAGAGAGAAAAAAACAACGACUUGUUACAAAGUAUUGCCUCUUUGAUCAUAAGGUAAUUAUUCUGGCCUUUCGAAUGCUUCCACCACUUUGAUGUCAUGGGGUGUAGGAGGGAGUUACGUUGUGGAUAGUAAUUAUAAGGAAAGAGUUUUCUGAAGAGCAGUCGGGGGGGGGGGCGUGAUAAGUCCUUUAGCGUAGUGUGAAUGUCGUUUUCACGUAUUAUUGUUUCUUUUCCCAAGAGGCUGGUGGGUGUAGUCUUUGUAUGGUAUCGAUUGGAACCCUUUUGUAAAGUAACGGUGAUGUAGAGUCCUGUAGACAAUGACUGAGAGGGAGGGGCUUCAGAAGUAAAAGCGUUGUUACACACAGGGCUAUGUUUGUCCCAGCUGACACCCCCUCCAUCUCUGUCCGAGAAAAGAACAUUUCUCCCCUCACCUUUGACAAAUAACCCCAUUGGAUGUUGAUACUUGAUUGCAUGUGUCCACAAAAGAGCAGUGGAUUUUUUCCAGGACUUUCUUAGUUUAAUUGCUAAAUCUUUGUGUUGUUUCUUUUCAGCCGUGGGUUUGCACAGCUCAAUCUACUGAUCUUUUGUCCUUUUUUUUUCUUCACAUUUUUUUUCCAUUCUUAUUUUAACUUUCAAUUUCAAAUGAAAUCUCUCUCUAAAUGAUGCAGCUAAAUUAACGUUUGGGGGUGGGUCAAUGAGUCUGCGGUUAUUGGAUGUAAGCCUUUUUUUGCCUUGUGAUCGCUCUUGGCAAGUUAUAUAGUUAGUGGCAGGAAGGAAGUGACAAAAUGGGAGGAAAUGUUCAUGCGGUGGUAAAUUGGUUUUGGUGCAGUUUUCCCCAACGAUGAUGGGCUAGUUUGAUGUCAAGUGUCGGCCUAUGGGUUAUUGCUCAUUACGUCAGGGAUAAUGCUCUGUUUCUGCUCUUUUGUUGUCUUCUGUGUUUCCGAAGCCAUGCAUUUUUCUUGACCUGGUUCGGGGCAGAAAAUGUAUGUCAGUCAUCAUCUGAAUGGUUCAUGCCGUCAACUAGCCAACCUGUGACUGUCCACGCAACUCUUAAAGAACACUUUCAACCCGUGUGGUCAUCGGUUUCGUCCGCCCCACUAAGGUCGAUUCAUGACCAGUUCACUGUUUAGGUCAGUGCUGCGCUGAAGUCAUGUUCAUUUUAAUGCACUAUAUGCUCAAGAAUGUUUCCCCCCCAGUAUCUAUCCAUGUAACUGUGUUUUGUUUGUGGACGUUUCUCUGCAUUUAAUUCACGAGAACCGAAUGCAUAUGAAAGCUGUAUCCUGAAGGGACCAUUCUUAACUUCCUGUUUGUGAUUCAGUCUCCACUAUUUGAACAACAGGAAAUAUGUUGGGGAUUCACUAGGAGAAAAAGAAGUCACUCAAUUUCUUUCAUCUCACUCUUGCAUAUUAUGGAUUUUAAACAAAAUAGCUUGCUGGUGGAGGUCUGUAGAUGAGGAAAGACAGUGUAACCUACUGUAUUAAUCUUUAUGUAUGUGGAGGAUGACUUGUUGCUUAGAGGGAGGGCUGAAUAGGCCUGAGCUGAGAUACUGUCCCGAGGGGGGUUGUGAAAACACUAAAAUGUCCCUGUCCUGGAGGAUCUCACCAUCAAUGUGAUUCCUGUAAGCAGUUGGCUGACUGUUUUCUAUGUAUAUAAAUAAAUAAGUAAAAGAAAAAAUAAUAUUCCUAGAUAAGGAGUCUAUGGUGUAUAAAGACCAAACUGGUUGGACUAUGUAGCAUCUUAAUAAAUUAAAUGAAUAAAGCCCCUACCUAAA